AUGUUGUAUUAUAGUGAUCCAGCAGUUUCCCCUUGCAAUGUGGAUGACUUCAUUGCAAGUCUUGCAGAUGGGGUGGGUUACUACAUUGACACGGCCGUGACAGACGGAUGGUGCAGAGUCGUGACCGAAGUUGAGGCGGUCCGACAGCAGACUGGGACAACGGAGUGGACCAGCAGUGCCACAGGAAGCACGUACUUACCAAGGGUAUCGUCUAGUGCGCCGUCGACUCCCACGCCGACAUCCAUUCCCACUCCCGCGCCCACGUCCAGCCCGACGCCAUCCCCGACUUCGGACUACUGGAUCGAGAACACUGGUUGGGGGACAACAAGUUAUUACAAUGCUGGAGUGCAGCCUUGCAACGUGACUCAAUUCGUUGCGGCUCUUACGGCUGGCAUGGGCUAUUAUUAUGAUUCUUCUGCGCAGGACGGGUGGUGUAGAAGCAUUGAUGCGGACAGCGUCGAAUCGCUCCGGCAGGAGGUUGGGACAUCUGCGUGGACUGGCGCCAGCACAGGAAAGACGUACCUACCACCGCUGACGUCCAGCCCGACGUAUGCCCCUGACUCUCCGACUCCCACGCCGACAUCGUACCCGACCCCGAUACCCACGUCCUACCCGACUGCAUCUCCGACUCAGGAAGGCUGGGUCGAAUAUCCUGGUUGGGGGACGCUAGAUUACUAUGUUGACCCUCCGACAUUUCCUUGCAACGUGACUGAAUUCUUCUCGACUCUCGCAGAUGGCAUGGGCUACUACUAUGAUGCCAACGUGCCAGGCGGGUUGUGCAGGAGUAUGUGCUGUGUGGAGAACGUUGAUUUGCUCCGGCAGGAGAACGGGACGUCGGCGUGGACUGACCAGCACAUCACGCCCUGGGGAACCCCCCAAAUCACCGGAUCGACGUACCUGCCGUCGCUGGUGCCCACGCCGGCGCCCAUUGGAUCCCCUGCCGCGGCAGCCUGGGUCGACUACGCCGGCUGGGGGACGGUGGUCUCGUUUUAUGGCCCUCAAGAGGUCCCUUGCGAUGUGGAUGCGUUCAUCGCGACGCUUACGGCUGGCAUGGGUUAUUAUUAUGACUCUGGUGUGGCAGGCGGGCUGUGCAGAAGCAUCAGCGCGGGCCACGUCGAGUCGGUCCGACAGGAGGUUGGGACGUCGGCGUGGACAGAACACGGCACCGGGAAGACGUACCUGCCGACCCCGACUCCCAGCCCGACAGCAUCCCCGACCACGCCGACCCAGGCCUCCGCCGCUCCGCUCUCUGUGUCUGCCACCGGCGACCCUCACCUUGUCAACGUGCAUGGCCAGAGGUUCGACCUCUACCGGCCCGGGGUGUACCCGCUCGUCCGGAUCCCAAGGACGGCGGGGCGGAAGACUGCACUCCUCGUGCUGGCGAGGGCGAUUCGCCUCGGGGCCGGUUGCAAGGAGCUGUAUUUCACGGAGGUCAACAUUACGGGCAUGUGGUCUCGGCGGCACCGGAACCUUACGUGGGUUGCUGGGGAAGGCGAGUCUGGCCGCCCAAGGUGGAGGAUAUUUCACCAGGUCGGUGUGAAGGUGGUCCAUGGCCGCACCCUGCUGGGCAUCAGGUACCUCAACGUUUUGGUGCGGGGCCUGAACAAAGCCAACUACGCAAUCGGGGGCCUCCUUGGGGAGGACGACCACACCGUGGCCGGUACGCCUCCCACCGACUGCGUCAGGCUCACGGGUCUUUGA